AUGUCUGGAGCAGGAGAUCGCGAGGCCGUCUUCCCGACGCGCCAGUCGCUCGGUAUCAUGAAGGCGAAGCUCAAGGGAGCCGAGACUGGACACAGCUUGUUGAAGCGAAAGAGCGAGGCUCUCACCAAGCGCUUCCGAGAUAUCACGCGCCGGAUCGACGAGGCGAAGCGAAAGAUGGGCCGCGUCAUGCAGAUUGCCGCAUUCUCCCUGGCAGAGGUCACAUACGCUGUUGGAGGUGAUAUCGGAUACCAAGUACAAGAAUCUGCGCGCCAAGCACGCUUCAGGCUCCGGACCAAGCAGGAGAACGUGUCCGGUGUCCUCCUGCCCGCCUUCGAGAGCUAUCAGACAGAGGGGAACAACGAUUUCGGCCUGACCGGUCUCGGCAAGGGUGGCCAGCAGGUCCAAAGAUGCAGAGAAACAUACGCCAGGGCUGUCGAGGCUCUUGUCGAGCUGGCAAGUUUGCAAACCGCCUUUGUCAUCUUGGACGAGGUCAUCAAGGUUGUGAACCGAAGAGUAAACGCCAUUGAACAUGUCAUCAUCCCUCGCACAGAGAACACCAUCAAGUACAUCAACUCAGAGCUCGAUGAGCUGGACAGAGAAGAGUUCUACCGACUGAAGAAGGUGGCUGGCAAGAAGCAGAGGGAUACAGCGGCUGCUGAUGCCGAAAUGAAGGCCAAGAAGGAAGCCCAGGCGAAGGACGGCCAGGAGAAUGUGGCCCCAGAAGGCGACAACGGACCUUCUGACAUACUAGCAACUGGCGAAGACGAAGACGUCAUUUUCUAA